UUCGGAAGACCUGGCCAAGGCGAGAAUAAUGAUUCUGGUGUGGGGGGGAGUGUAUGGGGAGCAAAUGGCCCGUUCUGAAGAAUGGAGAGGGGGGUUGAGGCAACUCGAGGAGGCGGAUGAGGUUGGCCGAGUAGUAAAUAUGCGAAAACAGCUUGACAAAGCUAACUCGGCUUUUGAACGAGCUGGGCUUCGGAUAAAUCCCCGUCCCUCCAGUACGCCGAGGGAGAGGGCGGUGGGCCUUGACGGUUGACAACCAAAGAUAGAUAAAAGAUAAAAUAAAAAGGGCACAAACUCCACCCACAACUAUCUAUAUCUACCUAGAUUGGGAG